AUGGGUGUAGGAUUUCACCAGUGCCGGUGGGGUUACAAGAAUGUUAGUGAUGUUGAGGGAGUGGUCGCUCACUAUGCCAAAGCUGGAAUCCCUUUAGAAGUUAUGUGGACAGAUAUUGACUAUAUGGAUGGAUUUAAGGAUUUCACACUCGAUCCUAUUAACUUCCCCUUGGAUCAGAUGAAGUUGUUUCUUGAUAUACUUCAUCAAAAUGGCCAGAAAUAUGUGCUUAUCUUGGAUCCUGGUAUCAGCGUGAACAACACAUAUGGAACUUAUGUAAGAGGGAUGCAGUCUGACAUAUUCAUAAAACGUGAUGGUAUCCCUUAUCUAGGGGUGGUUUGGCCUGGGAAUGUAUAUUACCCUGAUUUUGUAAAUCCAUCUGGAGGAAUCUUUUGGGGUGAUGAGAUUGGGAGAUUCCGGGAUCAUCUGUCAUUCGAUGGUCUGUGGCUUGACAUGAAUGAGUUAUCCAAUUUCAUAUCUUCUGCCGUGACUCCAUCAUCUACACUUGAUGAGCCUCCCUACAAGAUUAACAAUUUAGGAGUCCAAAUGCCCAUUAAUAAUAGAACUGUUCCGGCAACUUCUCUGCACUUUGGUAACAUUACAGAAUAUAAUGUCCAUAACCUUUAUGGUUUUUUAGAAUCCAAAGUCACUAACGAGGCCUUAGUAAAGGUAACUGGUAAAAGGCCAUUUAUCCUUGCUAGAUCAACUUUUGUGGGCUCUGGCAAAUACACAGCACACUGGACUGGAGACAAUGCCGCCACGUGGGAUGAUUUGGCAUACUCGAUUCCGAGCAUCUUAAGUUUUGGACUGUUUGGGAUUCCAAUGGUUGGAGCGGAUAUAUGUGGUUUUUCUGGAAACACAACGGAAGAGCUAUGUCGACGUUGGAUUCAGCUAGGGGCUUUUUAUCCCUUUGCAAGAGAUCACUCUGCCAUUGAUACUACCCGUCAAGAGCUCUAUUUGUGGGAUUCAGUUGCUGCAGCAGCCAAGAAGGUGCUUAGGUUUCGGUAUCAGCUGCUUCCCUACUUUUAUAUGCUAAUGUAUGAGGCACAUAUGAGAGGAACUCCAAUUGCACGGCCCCUUUUCUUCUCUUUUGCUCAAGACUUGAAUACGUAUGAAAUCAGCUCACAGUUCCUCAUAGGCAAGGGCGUAAUGGUGUCACCUGUGCUGAAGCAAGGGGCAAUCUCAGUUGAUGCUUACUUCCCAUCAGGAAAUUGGUUCGACCUCUUCAACUAUUCGCAAUCAGUCAGUGUAGACGAAGGAAAAUAUGUGACACUUGAUGCACCACCUGACCAUAUAAAUCUACAUAUUAGGGAAGGGAACAUAUUGGCCAUGCAAGGGGAAGCUAUGACGACACAAUCAGCUAGGAAGACGGCAUUCCAGCUUUUGGUAGUUCUCAGCAACAGCGAAAACAGCACUGGAGAAGCAUUCUUUGAUGAUGGAGAGGAAGUGGAAAUGGGAGGGGAAGGAGGUCGGUGGACUUUAGUAAGAUUUAAUGGCAAUCUCGUAGGUAACACAGUAAUGGUUGGAUCGGAGGUUGUGAAGGGAGAAUUUGCCUUGAGUCAGAAGUGGGUUAUAGAAAAGGUUAUAUUUUUAGGGUUGAACAGUGGGAAAGGCUUGGAAGGCUAUAAAAUAAUCACUAAGGGAGGAAAUGGGCAUCAGAAGCCACGUCCGUCUGUAAGUUUUGGUAUUAACGGACAGUUUACUACUGUGGAGAUGGAAGAUUUGUCAUUGCUGAUUGGUGAGGGUUUUAUGAUAGAGCUAAAUUUCGGUAAGUAAUGGUACAUUUCAUAGUCAAAUAAAUUUUGUAAGUUCUUGUGGUAAUCAGUGAUUCAAACAAGAGGCGGUCCGAGUCUUCCUCUGUUGAAGUACCUAAAUCUCCUCCUUUAUCGUCUUUCUUCCAUCCGGUGGGAAAGGAUGAGACGGAAUAAUGUUCCUCCUCUCUCUCUCUCUCUCUCUCUCUCUCUCUCUCUCUGUAUGUGUUCAAUUCAAAAUGGCAUUUAGUUACCAUAUAUUGAUGAAAAAUGAUG